UGUUGCUAUGACGACGCGUUCUCACUUUCGCCACAUAAAACAAGAAAUGCGGAUAAUCUGGUAAAACAGUGAGCUGCAAGCGCACGAGACAUAAGGUUUCUCCACCUGUGUUGUUAUUGUCCUCAUUGAUCUGUGGGGAAAAUCUGACCGCCUGUGGAAAAAUAAAUCAUAACCAAAUGGCUUCAGCUUCGCAUCAGAAAACACGAUUUCUCCCCGAUAUCAAUGAGAGGAGCCCCGUCAAAGAGAGCCUGCAGGGAACAAAAAUGAAAAAGUUUGACCGAGGCUCUGCUGAGAGAGAGAGGAUCCAAACCACCACCAUGAGCGCAGAUGAAAUACUGCAAUUCCGACACAGUCUGCACCAGAAUCUUUGCGUGUCCAUGCUGCAGGAGGGAUUUCAUCUCUCCUUUAAAGAGUUUUUCUCUUUGCUGCAGCGCUGGAAGGCUGACCGUUCAGCCGCUGGUCCGGACAGCAAGCUGUGGUUGAGACGCCCUCUGGAGGAGCAACCACACAAACUGGAGAUGCUGAAGGAGCACCUGACCCUUGCCGAGGCUGCACAAAGAGCCGAUCAAUAUGUGGAGGUGUAUGAGAGACAUUUGGCCCUGGCAAAGUUUUUCUCAGAGCCAGAUGACAUAUGGCUGCGUGAGCACUUUUACAAUCUCAGCCUCAAAGCUGCUCAUAAAAUCAAGGUGGACUCCAGCAGGAGGGAGGCUGAGGCCAAUGCCCACCUUGCUCACCUGUAUUUAGAGCGAGGAGAUUUGGAACAAGCACAGGAGCAUUUUGAGAUGUUUCACCGUCUGGCAAUAGGACAGUCGUGGCAGGAUGAGGGUGGAAACACACACCAGAUUCGUGCGUGUGAAAGUCUGUGCAGGGUUUACACAAUGCUGGCACAGAGACAGCUGCAGUGUGGAGAUUACCCAGCGGCCAUUCAGCUCCUCAACCAGGCCUACGAGAUGGCUAAAGAAGCUGGUGAUAAGAAAAUGGAGGGCGAGGCAGCGUACAGAAUCGGACUGGCCUAUCAGAGCAUGAGCAAUCAAACAAAUGCGAAACAGUUCCUAAACAUGUUCAUGGAAAUCUCCACUGCACUGCAAGACAUGGAGGGCCUCGGCAAAGCCCACAAGGCCACUGCUAAAUCUCUGGAGAGUGAGGGUAAAAUUAGUGAAGCCAUCGAGCAUCUACAGAAAUAUCUUAACAUUUGUCAGGAGAGCAAUCAGCAUGAACUUCUACAGGAUGCUUACAUGUGCCUGGGGUCCAUAUACAUGUCCAGAGGUCAGUAUGAACAAAGCAUUGAGUAUUUUACCCCAGCCUUUGAGACGGCAUGCCACUUUGACUCAAAACCCGGCAUUGAGAAAGCUCAGGUGUGUGUGGGCAUUGCCCGAGCUCAUUCCAUGCUGAGGGUGUACACCAGCAACUUGCAGAACAACAGGGCAACCAACAUCUCUGCACUCAUCUCCUGGAAAGAGACACGAGAGGAGAAAUUCCACCAGGUGCUGUGUGAGUCUGCUGGAUCCACACAUUGCAGCUCGACUAAUGACUAACACAUACCCCACUGACUAACACAUACCCCACUGACUAACACAUACCCCACUGACUAACACAUACCCCACUAACACAUACCCCACUGACUAACACACUCCCCACUGACUAACACACACCCCACUGACUAACACACACCCCACUGACUAACACAUACCCCACUGACUAACACAUACCCCACUGACUAACACACUCCCCACUGACUAACACACACCCCACUGACUAACACACACCCCACUGACUAACACACACCCCACUGACUAACACACACCCCAC